AUGGAAAAUGGCGAGACCAAAACACCGCCAAAAUCAUGGGCUAUGGUUGGUGGAGAUGGACCUCGUAGCUAUGCCCAAAAUUCUUCCUAUCAGAGGGGACUGUUGGACGUCGUGAAUGAAUUGAUAAAUGAAGGCAUCAAAGAUAAGCUUGACUUUAAAAGCCCUUGUUCUGAUUCUUCAAAUAUCUGCACUUUUCGAAUCGCAGAUUUUGGAUGUUCUGCUGGGCCGAAUACAUUCUUGGCAAUGGAGAAAAUCAUGGAAGCUGUGGAGCAGAAAUACCAAGCCCAGUUCCAAAACUCCCCGCCCUUAGAGUUCCAAGUUUUCUUCAACGAUGUCACGGCCAAUGAUUUCAACACUCUCUUCAAAACCCUUCCAUCAUAUCAAAAAUACUUCGCUGCUGGAGUGCCUGGUACUUUUUAUGGUCGUCUAUUCCCGAAGUCAACGCUCCAUCUUGCAUGCUCUUCCUAUUCCUUGCACUGGCUCUCUAAGGUUCCAGAGGAAGUUGUGGACACCAAAUCUCCAGCAUGGAAUAAGGGUAGCAUACAGUGCAGUGGAACUGCAAAAGAAGUAGCAAAAGCGUAUUCAGCUCAGUUCAAAACGGAUAUGGAUAACUUUCUGAAUGCUAGAUCUCAAGAAAUUAUUGGUGGAGGAUUGAUGGUGAUCAUAAUUCUCGGUCUUCCUGACGGAAUCCUUAUGUCUCAAACUCUAGCUGGAAUAUGCAAUGAGCUUUUCGGGUCUUGCCUCAUCGACAUGGCAAAAUUGGGAGUGAUUAGUGAAGAAAAGGUGGAUUCCUUUAAUUUGCCUCUGUACUACUCUUCUGCUAAGGAGUUGGAGGAGAUUAUAAAGAACAACGGACAUUUCUGUAUUGAGAGAAUGAACAUGCUGAAUCAUCCCAUGAUGAAAAGGAAAUUAGAUGUCCAGUUUGUUAUUUUGCAAUUUAGAGCUAUUUAUCAGGCACUAUUGGAAGAACACUUUGGAAGGGAUGAUGUUGACAAAAUAUUCGAAUAUUUUGCCAAGAAGUUUGCAGACAAUUAUAAGGGAUGA